AUGAACCCGUUGAAAUGUGCCUUUGGAGUUACUUUUGGAAAAUUCCUUGGCUUCAUUGUUCGACAUCGAGGGAUUGAGAUAGAUCAAGCCAAAGUUGAUGCCAUCUUUAAGAUGUCCGAGCCCAAAAAUAUACAUGAACUAAAAAGUCUACAAGGAAAAUUGGUGUACCUUAGAAGAUUCAUCUCAAAUCUAGCAGGGAAGUGCCAACCUUUUAGCCGGCUCAUGAAGAAGGGUAUACCUUUUGAAUGGGACCAAGCUUGUAGCAAUGCAUUCCAAAGCAUCAAAUCCUACUUGAUGAAACCUCCAGUUCUGGCAGCCCCUAUACCAGGAAAGCCAUUGAUUCUAUAUAUUGCAGCCCAAGAAAGCAAGGUGGUAUCUCCAAUUUCAACAAUUCGAGAUUGUGAUAUCCCACAAAAAGCUGUGAAAGGACAAGUUUUGACAGAUUUCUUGGCAGAUCAUCCAAUUCCUGAUGAUUGGAAGUUGACUGAUGAACUACCUGAUGAGGAUGUGAUGGUCAUCGAAGUGCAACCACCGUGGAAAAUGUAUUUUGAUGGUGCCGCACAUCGUGAGGGAGCUGGUGCAGGUGUUGUGUUUGUCACUUCUCAAGGGGAAGUCUUGUCAUAUUCCUUCACCUUAACACAACAUUGCACCAACAACGUUGCGGAAUAUCAAUCACUCAUACUUGGGUUUGAGAUGGCCGUUGAAACGAGACAACUCCAAUUACAUAUUUUUGGAGACUCUGAGUUAGUGAUCAAUCAAUUGCUAGGUAGCUACGAGGUCAAAAAGCCAGUGUUGCGUCGUUAUUAUGAUUAUGCACAGAAAUUGAUUGGAUGGCUUGGCAAUGUAACUCUUCAGCAUGUGCCAAGGAAGGAAAAUAAGAAGGCUGACGCCCUAGCUACUCUAGCUUCAACAUUGGCUUUUCUCGGCCAGACACAAAUCACUAUCUUCCAAAAAUGGAUAAUGCCGCCAGAUGAGAACGAGGAUGAAGAAAGCAAGCUCGAGCGUUUGGUAGUCGUCGUUGAAACUGUGAAGGUUGAUUGGCGACAAACCAUGAUCGACUACUUAUGUUAUGGGAUACUUCCAGAAGAUCCAAGAAGAAAGACUGAAAUUCGUCGGCGUGCCCCUCGCUUCCUUUACUACAAAGACACUUUGUAUCGAAGAUCAUUUGAAGGAAUUCUCUUGCAUUGUUUAGGGGAAGAUGAAGCAACUCAAGCUAUGCAACAGACACACUCUGGAGUUUGUGGAUCACAUCAAUCCGGGCCAAAGCUACACUUCCACAUUAAGAGGAUGGGUUACUACUGGCCGACAAUGGUGAAAGAUUGCUUAGAUUUUCUCGAAGAUGCAAGGCUUUCCAAUAUUGUUGGACCACUUCCAAAAUCUUCUGGAGGACAUCUAUACAUCUUGGCCGCAACUGAUUAUUUCUCAAAAUGGGCAGAGGUCGUCGCUCUCAAGGAAGUGAAGAAAGAGAAUGUUGCAAACUUCAUUCGAGUGAACAUCAUAUAUCAUUUCGGCAUUCCUAGUUAUAUAAUAACAGAUAACGACAAACCAUUCGAUAACAAAUUGAUGACCAAGGUCUGUGAACUUUUUGGCUUCAAGCAACGUAAUUCGUCAAUGUAUUAUGUUGCUUCAAAUGGACUAGCCGAAGCAUUUAACAAGACGCUUUGCAACUUGUUAAAGAAGGUCGUCUCCAAGUCUAAAAGAGAUUGGCAUGACAGAAUGGAAGAAGCUUUGUGGGCAUAUCGUACGACUCAUCGCACGCCGACACAAGCAACUCCUUAUUCUCUUGUUUAUGGAGUCGAAGCAGUUCUUCCUCUUGAGCGGCAAAUACCGUCCUUGUGA